AUGUCCGCUAUACAGGCAGGAGAUUCUUCGCCUCAGCAACACUCAGAAGUGACAGGCUCAAUGAACAUACCUGUUACUCAGAGCAUCUCGGGUCUGACUUGUGCACAAGUAAAUUUACAGAGAUCAAGGGCAGCUACUUUAAAUUUUAUUGAUUUUAUGAUUAGAAAUGAAAUACAGCUCGCUCUCUUACAAGAACCUUAUGUCAAAGAUGGCAAGAUCAUUGGAUUACCAAACUGUAGUAAGAUAUUCUUUUCUGGUUCUUUUAAAGCGUUGAUAAUAUAUAACGGCCCUCUAAAUCCAUUUUUUGUGGCGAGAACUUUAGAUGCAGUGACAAUUCGCUUGCAAUUUAUCAAUAGAAGUAUUAAUAUUACUAACGUUUAUUUUCCACCGACGGCCGAUUUAGAUAGCAAUUUAACCGAACUUUGUUCACAUAUUAUUCAUAAUGAUCAUUUGCUUAUUGCGGGUGAUUUUAAUGCUACGAGUCCUCUUUGGGGUGGAAAUCAAGAAGAUCAUAGGGCUGCUAAAGUUCUUGAUUUUAUCCACGAAAACAGACUGUGUGUUCUUAAUUCCUCCGAUUCAGAGCCAACAUUCUUGACUGUCAGAGCCAAGGGUUGGCCUGAUAUUACAUUAGCUUCAUCUCCUUUUGCAAUUUCUAUUACAAAUUGGAGGGUGUUGACAGAUAUUUCUGUUCCUAAUUGUACGAGAAUUGAUAUCAUGUUUGCAAUACAGGAAUAUGAAGCAGAAUUUGCAUUUAGCUGA